AUGUCUCAUCAAAUCCUGUCAGAAUUCGACAUCGUUUUUGCUGGAGGUGGCACUACAGCUUGCGUUGUCGCAGGUCGCUUGGCUGCAUAUGAUCCCUCGCUCAGGAUCUUGAUUCUGGAAGCGGGUCAACACACCCUCAACAAACCUAUUCAUGUCCAACCCUCUCAAGCUCGCUUCAACCAAGAACCGACGAGCACCACGGUUACAUUCAACAUAGGAAAUCCAUCUCCUCGUCUCAACGGCCGUGCGCCGGCCGUUCCUUCCGGUCGUUGCGUUGGUGGAGGCUCAUGUGUGAAUUCUAUGGUAUACACUCGCGCACCUGCUUCGGACUAUGAUGAUUGGGGAGUUAAUGGUUGGGAAUCUGAAAAUCUGAUUCCUCUCAUGAAGAAGCUGGAGACAUAUGAGGUGCAGCCCGAUCGUUCAACCCACGGCUAUGACGGGCCUAUCAAAGUGUCAUCUGGUGGGUGUAAAACGGGUAUCUUCAACGAAUUCAUCCAGGUUGGCACGACCUAUCACAAGAGGCGGUAUGCCGACGAUACCGACGAUUUGGAAACAUGCAACACAUACAGUGUAAGCUAUCAUGUUCCCUUCCUAACUGCGACAAGUAAUCAGAUCUAUCUCAGCCGUCUCAGAAGUGAGUCCCUUUACUCCCAGGCAAUUGCGAAUUCUUGGCUCAUAUACAAAAAAUACAUUGAUGGGACAACCGGAAGGCGUUCUGACACAGCCCACCACUAUGUUUACAACCAAACUCACAAUCCAAAUUUACACAUCUGGGACGGAAAGCGCGUAAAGCGUAUAAUCUUCGAGGACAAUCGUGCUGUGGGUGUCGAGUUCACCAGCGACCCAGUGUCUUGCCCAGAUGCGGAUCAAUUGUUGAGUAUUGUAAGAGCAUCAAAACUUGUUGUUGUCUCUGCUGGGGCGUUCGGUUCUCCGACCAUUCUGGAGAGGUCUGGGAUUGGUGCCGAGGCGAUCCUCAAACGGUGCGGUAUCGAGCAACUAGUGAAUUUGCCUGGCGUCGGAGAAAAUUAUCAAGAUCACUAUCUCGUCCUUGUUCCAUACCUGGCUGCCAACGAGAUCAUUACCACUGACACCCCCUCUCGUGGGGAAAGUACUCCACAAGAAAACCUUGCACAACGGAACGACAGCAGCAAGUCACUGAUGGCACAAAAUGGCAUCAAUUCGAAAAUCAAGUGGCGUCCUGAUGACGAAGAAUUGAAAGCCAUGGAUCCAGCUUUUCAACUACGCUGGAAAGAGUUCUUCCAGGACAAGCCAGACAAGGCUGUUGCAAUAUUUGCUCCUUUUGCGCGAUAUCUUCCACCUUACUCGAGGCCGCUCUCGAGCAUCCUUCCUUCUCGCAGCUACAUGACUGCCUGUUGUUAUACACUUUACUCCGCGUCUGUCGGAAGCGUUCAUAUCAACGUGACAGAGGACGGCAAAGAAGAAAUGGACUUUAAUACAGGCUUCCUAGAUGAUCCAUCCGAUAUGGUACCUCUUAACUUCGCGUACAAAAAGACUCGCGAAAUUUUUCGACGCAUGGCUUCCUACCGGGGUGAAGUCACUGCCGGCCAUCCUGAUUUCCCAGAGGGAAGCGCUGCAGCUUGCAGAGAAACCUCUGGGCCAGUGGACUUGGAUGCGCCUGACAUCGUCUACACUGCCGAAGAUGACGAAGCGAUCGAUCGAUUCCUCCGCGACAUCGUGCAAACGGCGUGCCACUCGCUUGGGACUUGUGCCAUGAAACCGGAGGCAGAUCAUGGAGUCGUCGACGCUCGGCUUAAUGUAUAUGGGGUGUCGAAUCUGAAAGUUGCAGAUCUGUCCAUUUCGCCAUUGAAUGUUGGCACGAAUACUUAUUCGACGGCACUUCUCAUCGGAGAGCGGGCUGCGAUGAUCAUUGCUGAAGACUUGGGCAUCGGUUGUAUUUGAUUUGUAUCGUCAGAGGCGUAUUUAAUUAGACUUCCAGCGGUUUCUCGUCGUCUAAGUUUGCAUCUGCCAUAGCAUUACACUGGUCAGUGCGACUCUUGUCACGGGCUCGACGGGCCUCGCUCUUGCAUGGAAUGUCGAUGCAUGAUGUAAAUGUCACAACGCGACUCCUCCUGCGACUGACCGAGUGAGCCAAUCUGCCGGUGUUGUCAUCGUUGUGACCCCCAUUAGGGUUGAAGUACUUUUGCCCCCAACAUCUGUAAGACUUUUUCAUCUCUAGCCGAUCUACAAAAAUAGACUCGAAAAACAUAGACCCCUAAGUCUUGUUCUGAGGUGUGCGCGUGAUC